UAUAGAUACACAAUUCUUUUUUUAUCGUGGUAAGUGGUAUGGCAACAUGUUUUCAUUAUUGUCCGUGCCACUUAGAAAUGGGUCGUACACUUCAGUAUUGCCAGCUUAAUUAUGCUAAGACUUCUAGGAAUGGAACUCGGUUCGGGUUCGGGUUUGGAUUAUCGUAUGGAUAUCGGCGUGUCAAGUUUGUUGUGAGUGCUGAGCUGUCCAAUGCUUUUUCCGUUAACAUUGGGUUGGAUUCUCAGGCCAGUGAUACUUCACAGUUUCCCCGGAUUGGCCCAUUACCUGGGGACAUUGCAGAGAUAGAGGCUUACUGUAGAAUAUUUCGGGCUGCUGAACAACUUCAUAACUCAUUAAUGGACACUCUAUGCAAUCCACUGACUGGAGAAUGUAAUGUCUCAUAUGAUGUACCCUCAGAUGAUAAAUCAAUACUGGAAGAUAAACUAGUUUCUGUUCUAGGAUGCAUGGUGUGUCUUCUAAACAAAGGAAGGGAGGAAGUAAUUUCUGGGAGAUCCUCGAUUAUGAACUCUUUUCAAGAUGUUGAUGUGCAUAUGAAGGAUGAUAUGCUUCCUCCACUUGCUAUUUUCAGAGGUGAAAUGAAGAGGUACUGCGAGAGCUUGCAUGUUGCUCUUGAAAACUAUUUGACACCUGAUGAUGAUCCUCGCAGCAUUGUUGUCUGGCAAAAACUUCAAAGACUGAAGAAUGUAUGUUACGAUGCCGGAUUUCCUCGUGGUGAGAAGAACCCCAGCCAUACACUGUUUGCUAACUUUAAUCCUGUUUAUUUGUCAACAACGGAAGAAGAAGAGACACAGUCUGAGGUUGCUUUCUGGAUAGGUGGCCAAGUAACUGAUGAAGGUCUCAGAUGGCUGUUGGAGAGAGGGUUCAAAACCAUUGUAGACCUCAGAGCUGAGACUGUAAAAGACAUCUUUUAUGAGAAAGUGCUAGAUGAAGCCAUAUCAUCAGGGAAUAUUGAAUUAAUUAAACUACCUGUUGAAGUUGGUAUAUCACCUUCAGUGGAGCAGGUUGAAAAGUUUGCAGCAUUGGUCUCUGAUUUAAAGAAAAAGCCCUUAUAUCUCCACAGUAAAGAAGGAAUUAAGAGGACAUCAGCUAUGGUCUCUAGAUGGAGGCAGUAUAUUACUCGCUACACACCACAUGUUGUAGAAACAUUUAUGUCACCAAUGGCAGAAGAUGAUAAAAGCUUUAAUGGUGAAAUCUGCCCUGCCUCUAAUAAUCAAGAUGGGGAGGUGCCUACAAGAUCAGAUGACAUAAUUUCUGCUGUGGAAGAUAACAAGCACAUCUCUGAAGCUACGGAGCUAGGCAAGAAUGAAGGUGAUGAAAUUGUUUCGUCCCAUCCGGAAAGCACAAUGCUGGCAUCCUACAUCAAUGUGAAUCCACUAAAAUCUCAGAUGCCUCCCUUUAAUGUCUUCUCCAGAAAAGAUAUGUCCACGUAUUUCAGAAGUAGGAAGGUUUCACCAGCAAUAUAUUUUACUCAUGAAAGGAAAAGAUUGGAAGUGCUUUCUGCUUCAAUAUAUAACUACAGAAGAGCACCUAAGGGAAAUGAAACCACAAGCAUAUACAGUGAGACCAGAAUGAUGGAGUCAGAAGAUUUAAAUGGUUCGUCUUUCAAUAAACACUUAAUUACUAACCCUUCAAGCUCCGCUUCAAAUACAGAGAUAAAUUCUGGUCAUAAUGGCUCUGCGACUCCUGUUUUGAAUGGAAGCGGCAAUGGGAAAGUGAAAACCUCAAUAAAAAAUGCUGGUAUUGUUGAUGCCAGAAAUGAGUUAGAACGUAAUGCUGAGUCUAGAGUCACUACUGCUGAGAGAAGAAAUAUUGAAGUCCCCAAACCUUCACUGGAAGAUAACUUGGAGCAGAUUGAAGGAAAUAUGUGUGCUUCUGCCACUGGUGUUGUAAGAGUGCAGUCAAGGAGGAAAGCAGAGAUGUUCUUGGUUCGCACAGAUGGGCAUUCGUGCACCAGAGAGAAGGUAACAGAAUCUUCCUUGGCCUUCACUCAUCCUAGCACCCAGCAGCAGAUGCUUUUGUGGAAAUCGACACCAAAGACUGUAUUGCUGUUGAAGAAGCUGGGAAACGAACUCAUGGAAGAAGCUAAAGAGGUUGCUUCUUUUUUGUAUUCCCAAGAGAAGAUGACUAUUCUUGUUGAGCCUGAGGUGCAUGAUAUUUUUGCACGAAUCCCAGGCUUUGGGUUUGUUCAGACCUUCUAUAGUCAAGAUACCAGCGAUCUUCAUGAGAGGGUUGACUUUGUUGCCUGUUUGGGAGGAGAUGGCGUGAUACUCCAUGCAUCAAAUAUAUUUCGAGGUGCUGUCCCACCCGUCAUCUCAUUUAACCUAGGAUCCCUUGGAUUUCUCACUUCACAUCCAUUUGAAGAUUUCAAGAAGGAUCUUAGACAAGUCAUCCAUGGAAACAACACUCUAGAUGGCGUAUAUAUAACUCUAAGGAUGCGUCUCCGAUGUGAGAUAUUCCGAAGCGGGAAAGCAAUGCCUGGAAAGGUGUUUGAUGUCCUAAAUGAAGUUGUAGUUGACCGUGGUUCUAAUCCAUACCUGUCCAAAAUUGAGUGUUAUGAACAUGACCGCCUCAUAACCAAGGUGCAAGGUGAUGGGGUCAUCGUGGCCACUCCAACUGGAAGUACAGCUUACUCAACAGCUGCUGGGGGUUCCAUGGUGCAUCCCAAUGUUCCAUGCAUGCUCUUUACACCAAUCUGCCCACAUUCUCUCUCGUUUAGACCGGUCAUACUUCCUGAUUCUGCAAAAUUAGAACUAAAGAUACCAGAGGAUGCACGUAGCAAUGCUUGGGUCUCUUUUGAUGGGAAGAGAAGGCAACAACUCUCUAGAGGAGAUUCUGUUCGCAUAUAUAUGAGCGAGCAUCCACUACCUACAGUUAACAAGUCUGAUCAGACAGGUGAUUGGUUUCAUAGCUUGGUUCGUUGUCUAAAUUGGAACGAAAGACUAGACCAGAAAGCACUCUGAAGU